AUGCCUGUGAUGGGCAGAAAUCUCGAAAAUGAUCUGAAGUUUCCAGAGCCGCACGGCAUCAAAGACAGUGAUAACUAUGCUGCGUCCCUAUGGACUACGCGUCAGUUUCCUUAUGCUGGACGCGAGCUGGGUCAAUGGAUGGUCGACCUAUGUUACGAAUAUGAGGAUACCAAAAAGAGAAAGCAGGUGGAGCUUAUCGGGCGCCUGAGUAUUCAGUACUAG